UCGAAAAUUCAAAGUCUGCUACCUGAAUUUGACUCUUGAUUAUCCCGUGGAUAUUCCUCUGGGCUAUGGUCAUGUGAAUAUGUGAUACAUUUUCAAGCCUAGUACUUACUCGACGACUUCCCUUUUUCCAGCUGCAACUUUUGCAUGUUACUAGAAUGCUUGCACAGUUGAUAUUAGCUAAUACAUUUUUUCAAAUUUAGGGAUACUCCGUUGCCGUCUGCUGUCUCAGCAGGAGCCUGUAUAGAAUAUAGAAAUACAUAAAUAAAUUAACAAAUUCAGACUAUGGAUCUAUUUAGCCCGUGAGCUAGCCUUUUGCGUGCACAGGAAUUCGCGAAAUCUGGUGCCUACUGCUGAAAAAUCGAUGGCUUGGAAGCGAGACAUUGGAGCAUCUUGGAAGGAACCAUGGAGCGAAACUCACUCUUACCAGACGUGCGGGGCACUGACACCUCUGCCGGACCGUAUAAAACCGAACCCCCGCACACGAUUCACCGGGAAAACCGGUGCUCCGGCACAUGUCGGUCGGCGAGAAGACGGUCGAGGCGUCGGCCAACGACGGCGGCGGCAGCCAGCCGAAGGCGCCGCCGUCCCGCGGGAGCGCCCGGUUCGAGCGCCUCCUGUCCGGGCUGGGCGCCGGUCCGCUCGUGGACGUGGAGCCUGACAAGGUCAAGGACGAGAUCCGGCGAUGGGCCAAGAAGGUGGCGGCGCUGGUGCGCCAGCUCAGCCUCGGCGCCUGGCCGGAGAAGAGCGACGGCUCGUCGGAGCACCAGGGCGCGAGCGAUGAUACGUCCGCAGGCUGAGCAGCUAGAGCUAGCUGAAGUUGACUUCGGCAGGCUGUAACUGUAACCACAACUCCGCUGACAUGUUUACAGCCGUCGCCGGGCAGCAGCAGCCAGGACGCCGUGGGCGAUUUGCAAAUUUCAUUGAUCACCUUCAUUUUUUUUUCAUUCAUUCAUUCAGUGGGCGACGCAGGGUGAUGUAUAUGCGCUGACUUUACCUCCGUUCUGUCAAACACAAUAAAAUCUCACUGCAAGGUCAUGGGUGUGAAUAAUAAUAAACAGCAGCUGGUAUAUUUCUCCAGUAAA